UCAUCUCCAAGAAGUCGAUCCCUCGUCUUCUUCCAUUGUCGCACUACAUGUCUGCAGAUUCUCCUUCCGACGCCGUGUCGCGCCCCGUCGGCGGCACUGAGUACAGCUGGUGUAGAGCCGUUCCCGGCGGCACCGGCGUCAGUGUCUUAGCCCUACUCUUCUCCAAAUCCCCCAAUCUGUCCCACCUCCAAACAUGCAUCCACAAACUCCAAGACUCCCAUCCUAUACUCCGUUCCAAACUCCGAUUCGAUCCCUCCACCAACGCUUUCUCUUUCCUUACCCCUUCCACUCCCUCCGCCCUUCAAAUCCGUACCUCCGAUGUCUCCCAAUCAUUUUACCUCACGCUUGAGCACGAGAUGAAUACAAAUCCCUGGAGCCAUCACGAAGAUCAGGUUACGGAAACCGACGUCAUGUUUGCGAGUUUUUACAGUUUGCCGGAUCAGAAGUGGUCGGUGAUUUUGCAAUUGCACACAGGGGUCUGUGACCGUGCUUCGGCAGCGUUUUUGUUACGCGAGUUGUUGGGGUUGCUUGGAGACGGAGGAGGUGGUGAAAGGGAAAUAGUGAAAGAAAAUGGCGUAGGCUUGGCGAUUGAGGAUUGUAUACCUGCCGGAAAAGCCAAUAAACCGUUUUGGGCUCGUGGGGUUGACAUGCUUGGGUACUCUGUGAAUUCUUUUAGGUUUUCAAAUUUGGAAUUUAAGGAAACUGGUAAGCCCACUUCGACUGAAUUUGUGAGGUUGAACAUCGGAUUAGACGACACUGAUCGGAUUCUUUCUGGCUGCAGAUCGAGAGGGAUCAAACUAUCUGCGCUGUUAGCAGCUGCUGGAUUUAUUGCUACCUAUGCUUCUAAAAAUCUUCCUGAUGAUAAAUGGGAGAAAUAUUCACUUGCAACACUUAUUGAUUGUCGUCCACUUCUUGAUCCAGUUCUUAGUGAUCAUCAUAUUGGAUUUUAUCAUUCGGCCGUCGUAAACUCACACGAUGUGAAGGGAAAGGAAGAUUUGUGGGAUCUAGCACAACGAGUCCACACGUCCUUGGAAACCGCAAAGAACAAUGGUAAGCAUUUCACAGACAUGGCCGACUUGAACUUCCUCAUGUUGAAAGCCAUCGACAACCCUGGUUUGACUCAAUCUUCUUCGUUGAGAACUUCACUCAUUUCUGUAUUUGAAGAUGCCAUAUCUCAAAACACCGAACAAUUUCACAAGGAUGUUGGUUUAUUGGACUGCAUCGGUUGUGCUUCCGUUCAUGGCGUGAGUCCUUCACUCGCCAUGUUUGAUGUAAUCCAUGAUGGCGAGCUUGAUUGCGUUUGCGUCUAUCCAUCCCCGACUCAUUCAAGGGAACAAAUGCAAGAUUUUGUGGAUCAUAUGAAGAAAAUUCUUCUAGGAUCUGCUGAUACUCCUCAAUGAAAAUUGUUGUGAUCCUCACUUUCUGUACUGUUAUGGAUCCAGGUUUUGCAGAUCGAUCGUGUAGCUUCGUUGGUUGUUAAUUUUCAUUUCUGAGUGAUAGGAUAUUGAAUAACUUGAGUUUCCGAUUUUCAUUGAUAAGAAAUUUCAUGACGUAUGAGAUGUAAUUGCAACUUGCGUCUAUUGAAUUGGUUCUUGUUUGUAAGCAUUGUAUUCAAGACCCCGAUCAUAUGAAGCCUCGGUUUGAAUGU